UCCUCUUCAAAAGAAUCGAAACUUUUUAAUUGAAAACCUAAUUUCUGUAGAUUGUUUAAUUCCUUGGCGUUGGCCUUGUAGAAUACAUAUAGCUCAAUUCGCUCACAUAGACUUUGAUUUGGCUGUUUUAUAUGUGUUGUAUUGAUAUUUACGGAAUUUACUGCCUGUAAUGAUUUGUUAGAUUGGUGAUUGUUAAGUUAAUUCAUCUUACGAUAUUUUGAUAACACAGAUUAGGUAUUCGGCAGAAGAAUUGAAAUAAUGAGGGGAUUUUAUGAGACCUGAGCAUACAUUUGGGAAUGAUUGUUGUAUUCUUACUCAGGCGCUCGGUUAAGGGGAAAUGGAAUGUGAUUUUCAUUUGUUAUUGUCGGGUUAAGUGGUAUUGUUGGUUAGGAUGAGGAACUCAAUUUCGUUAAGUUGGUUUCUAAUUCCUUGGUUACCCCAUCAUGCCGCGAGAAUUGAAAUCAUUUCCGUGCCCGUUUCUCCUAAUUCUAGUUCCUGUUUACCAUCCAGCACCCCCUUGUUUGUAACCUGUUGAUUUCGGUAGUUUAUGAACAAUAUGGUAUGUAGAUCAAGAAAUAAGUUGGCGAGGACACAAUGAGCAACUCUGCAUCUGGAUCGUCUUCGAAAACGAGAGUUGGGUUGUCCCAGCAAUCAGAGCCUACAUUUAAGCGCAAACGAGCUGUAUUUCAGAAAGACUUGCAGCAUAUGAUGUAUGGUUUUGGAGAUGACCCCAAUCCCCUUCCAGAAACUGUGGCACUCGUGGAGGACAUCGUUGUUGAGUAUGUGACAGACUUGGUUCACAAGGCUCAGGAUAUUGCGUCUAAAAGAGGAAAGCUUUUAACUGAGGAUUUCCUUUACUUAGUACGGAAGGUACUUUCAUCUGUUAUGUAGUUUGUUCAUUACUUCUUUAUGAUUUUCUUUAAUUUUAUGCAAUCCCCAGUCUAUAUUACAUCUUUGUUAGGCUAAUAUAGUAUAUGAGCAAAUUUCCGUAAUCUAGUAGUGACAGUCUUUUUAGCUGGUACCUUCUGGAACAAUUUGUUCAGUUCUCUGGUUUUGCCUUUGAGGAAUACAAUAUUACAAUACAAUAUAUUGUACUGAAAAUUUAUAAGAAUUUAAUAAACAGGUGUUUCCAAAGUGAAGUUUAAUUAGCACUUUUAACUUAUUAAGCAAAUGUAUUUUUCAAUAAUUAAUUACUGAAUUAAUCUCAUGUACAUAAGCAAUUAAGCAUCCAAAACUAAUAUCCCUACAAAAAUCAAAUUUAGUUAUUAUAAUUAUAAAUGCUCUAAACCUAUAUAAAACACUUGCAAGAUAACCUAUUAAACAUAAAAAAACAGUUUUAUGAAAUUUGUAUAGAUUGACAAUAAAAAUGCCAUAAUUUGAGGCUUCUAAAGUCUCUUUUGUUGGGUCAUGUUUUUCAAGUGUGCGAUGCAUCAUAUGUGAUGAAUUUACCGGCCUUACAUGGAUGAUGGUAUGAACAGAAUGAUAGGUCAUAUCGCAUUUUAUGAACCGAUUUUACUUGCCUAGUUGUCUCACUGAUGAUAUGAGUAGUUGCAA